ACCUUCAGAGGCUUCAGACCCUUCAGUACAUCUACAUCCUGUUCCAGUGUUGACAAACAAUGCAAAAAUGAUUUAAAAUCCCAAAAAACCGAAAAAAAUGUAUGACAUGUAUGUAUAAACGUUCCUAAACCAGUGUUCAACCCCGCUAAUUCACAAACCAGCAAAAUGACAUACGACAUCGAAUGCUACAUAGGCAACUUGCCUACAGAAGUGUUGCUGUUUAUUUUCUCGUUGCUAAGUGCGCAAGACUUAACGGCAUGCCGCCGAGUAUGCUCAAGGUGGAAGAUGAUAGUCGACGGGAUGUCCAGAAGCGACCAUUUAUGGCAAUUGCACUGCAGACGGGACUUUAGGAACCUCUAUAAGAUAGCCCGAAUCAAAGCGCGACCUGGUGUCUUAUGGUUCCAUAUUUACCGAUCGUUAUCUCUUUGGUCGAAGCUCUCGCAGGCCAGAGAGCAGCAAGAUGAGUUCGCAGCAGCUUCUGGUAUUAGUGAGGAAAUACAAAAUUUCAAAAUACUUCGAGACGGCAUCAUUGGAGUUCAUAAAAAGGGAGCCAUAGUGUACUAUGAUAUUGAUACUUUGGAGAAAUCGAAACGCUCAAGCAUUCCCGGUGAUUAUUUAAGAUAUACGGAAAACGAAGAUUACAUUAUCAUACUCAGCUACCAUCUGCACCUGUUUAUUAUCAGGAAUGCAAUCCAAAAUCCUAAAUAUGAGACAAAUGUCACAUUUGACAAUGUGAAGUCAUUUAUAUUGGCAAAAAACAAAGUAUACUAUGUCACAUUAGAAGACCAGAUAUUUGUAUGCCUGUUAGAGGAUGGUGGUCUUAAGGAGCAGUUUAUAACCAACUCAUCGGACGGAGUCAUGUGUCUAGGUUUUACAGAUAUGCUUCAUGUGUUAACAUUUGAACGUAAGAUUUACACUGUAGUUAACGAUAAUAACCUCCAUUUCACCGGUAGUAUUGAUUCGGACUCGAACCUGCUGCACCAACUAAGGGAAUACAACUUUUUAGAACGUAUGGAUUGGCGAGUCUACAUCCAGUGGAUGUACGUCCUGAACCACACCAUUCCUGAAGGCCCGUUGCGUGACAUAGUAGUCGUCCGGGUAUAUGGUGAUGUCGCAUUUGUCGGUUCCAACUGGGGUGUGCUACGUAUCUACUAUGCACCAUACACUGGUGAUGGAGAAUUUGAUUUGUUCAACUCAGAACCGGUGAAACAGUAUAACUUCAUGGAGAGAUAUGACUGCCCAGUGUUAUCAAUGUGUCCGAUCAUACAGAUUGACGUUAUGGAAGGAGAAGCUGGACAUACGGUGAUUGUGGCGAUGCCGAAGAAGAUUGCAGUGUUGGAGUUUACGCACAGUUUUAAACGAACCGCCUCAGUGGCUAUGCUGCCAUUCAGUGACACUCAAAAGGUAAAAGUGUUGAAGAUUGACGAUCAUUAAGAAUUUGGUUGUCACAGAAGGCUUGACUAGCCGAGCUGAGCUAGCUAGCUAACCACUGUUUGAAACUAUGUUUCAAGUUUGAUUUCUCAUCCACUAUUGUUUGAACUAACAUUAAAAUAAAACUACUUAAAAAUUUAAGUAAUAUAGAAAAAUACCCACCUAUGAAAGGUCCCCCAAGUCUGUCCCCUGCGGAAGGGUGCCCAUGAGGCUGGCUACAUUACCCCACUGGAAAUUAAUUAUUUACACUUAUUAUUAUUAAAGCCCUUUAUUCCAUAAGAAGUUUUAUAUGGUUUUUGUAUUUGUAAUUUAAAUGUUAUCUUCUAUAUGGAUCCCUCUUUGGGUGUAGGCCUCCUCCAAUUUUAUCCAAUCAUCUCUCUGCUUCGCUUUCUCCAUCCAUUGUUUUCCAGCUGUAAUAGCUGUAUGGACUAUGUGAUCUGUCCACACUUACACUCCACGUUUACACUUACUGUAAUUAAAUUAAUUUUCUUAUAAAUACCCUUUGGAAUGACAAUGGUAGAGUUUCUGUUUGUUUUUUUUAACCGACUUCAAGAUUUCAAAGGAGGGUUCUCAAUUCGGUUGUUUUUUUUUUUUUAAUGUUUGUUACUCCAUAACUCCGUCAUUUCUGGACCGAUUUUGAAAAUUCUUUUUUUGAUUAUAAGUAUAUACAUACAGAUUGGUCCCGUUUUUGUCAAAAAGCAGUUCUGAUGAUGGGAUCCAUGAGGAAUCGAGGGAACUCCUCAAAUGUUAAAGGCAUACAUAUAGUGAUUUUAGUAUUUUCAUCAACAAAUCAA